AUGCAUCAUUGGUCAUUAUUUUGUUUAACUUAAAAUGAAUAAAAGAAUUGUUAAAAUUUGCAGAAUCGAGGGUGAUGUUUGGCUUGACCAAAGUUGAAUGUGUUGUGGUAAUUGAUAGAACGUUCCAGUCAAUUCUCACCACUUCGCGCACUAUCGCGAGACGCACUGUCGCUGCCUAGCAACCAAAAAUCGCAUCAUAUGGAAUCUUGUGGUAUGCGAUUCGUAACCCACCGAAACAUCCGUAAAUUUCUAGAUGUUUUUGGCCCCUUCCAAUGAUUAUUCGAUGUAGGUGCUUCGUGAACAUUGUAGAACGUGUUCGUCCUACCACUUUCAAUUAUUUAAGGCGCGUCGGAUAUCGUGAGACCUAUUCCCCUUCUCUACUCAGAUCAGACAGAAACAAAACAACAAUUAUAAACACACGCACGCAAAACAUUAUAUGCAAUCUUGCACCCGCGCUCUUAAAACCUCAAGACUAAUACCACGAAACAUCCUCAACACAACCAGAUAUACCAAGCCAACCAACACUUCUUCUACCUUUUCAUCUCUACCACAAAAGAUAAACUUCCACACCACAACAGCCAAAAUGUCGAUGUUCGGUCCCCGAUUCUACUCUCCUGCUGAGCCCAACUUCACGGGUCUCUUCCGUCUGAUUGACGACUUCGACAAGUACAGCAACGCCGCCGGUACACCUCAACAGGGUGCCGGCGCCCGCCAAGCUCGUCACGUCCAGACCUUCACCCCGAAGUUUGACCUGAAGGAGACCGAGAACCACUAUGAACUCCACGGCGAGCUUCCCGGUAUUGAGAAGCAGAAUGUCCACAUUGAGUUCACCGACCCGCAGACCAUUGUAGUCCGCGGCCGGAUCGAGCGCACUUACACCUCCGGCACUCCUCCCGCUGAUCUCCUCGAAAAGAGCGAUGAGGUAAGCGGCGCCAUCACCGAGGCUCCCAAGGAGCAGCAACCGCAACACGACAAGGCGCACCAGCCUACCGUUGAGGACGACACUGAAGGUGCCUCCGUCGCUACUCCCACCAGUACCACUGUGACUGAAACCGACAAGAACAAGGCCGCUGCGGAGCACCAACCCCAGCAGCCCAAGCAGCCACAACACCGCUUCUGGGUCUCGGAGCGCAGCGUCGGUGAAUUCUCGCGUACCUUCCAAUUCCCCACCCGCGUCGACACCGACAACGUCAACGCCUCGCUCAACAAUGGUAUCCUGAGCGUUGUUGUACCCAAGGCUAAGAAGCACGAGGGUCGCCGCAUCUUCAUCAACUAAGCGGAUUAACUCCUUUUUCUUCUACACUUCACAAUAUUUGUAUCACUACUCCUUCAAUUUCCAUUCACUCCUUUCGUCUGAGCCGGUUCAUACAAUAUAACAUACCACGCUCCUUACCAAUCUUUCGUCACGAUACGAUUUGAUGAGAUUACAUCUUACAUCUUCAGCACGGAGUUCACGGAAUUCACGGACAGAAACGAAAUUGCAUUUGCGAUGGAUGGAACAGCAUAGGUCUGGCGUCUGACGAUGCUUUUCCUGCAGGAAAGAAAAAAAAUUGCUUUCUGGAGGGCUUUGUGAUUUCUACGAAGUAGCUGAUAUUCGAGUUGAUGAUGAGUUCGGUGGAAGGAGAAGGGGGUGAUGCAUUGUGGCUUAUAUUAUAGCUAAGGGUUAAUUCGCUAAUAAAUUUUAAUUUUAAAUAAAA